AUGGGGAAGAUCAUCAGAAAAGUACGCGAAGAAAACAAGCGUAGAUUUAAAAACAUCUACAAGAACCCCAAGGUACUCAUUCCUGACAUUAAAGAGGGCUGCACUGCAGUUGUAAAAGAAAUUGUUCACGAGAGAGGACGCGGUGCGCCGGUUGCUAAACUGAGUGUGACGCGCGGAAAUGGUGUGUUGAAAGCGUUUAUUGUUGCGCCCGAGGGCAUCAGUGUUGGACAGACACUCGUUUUUGGUGAAAAUGCUGAUCUUAAGGUGGGCAACUGCACGCAGUUGAAGAACAUUCCUGAAGGCAGUUACGUUUCAAUGGUAGAGAAAAAGCCCUAUGAUGGUGGUAGAUUUGCAAAGAGCUGCGGUACGUAUGCCAUCGUGGUAUUUCACAACAGAGAUGCGCACACAACAACAUUGAAGUUGCCCAGUGGUGAGAAAGUGAGCGUGAGUGCGGAUGCCCGUGCAUUUAUAGGAAUAAUAGCGGGCGGUGGUAAAGAUGACAAACCGCUCCUCAAAGCAGGUGCGGCGUACCACAAGUACAGGGCUUUGAACAAGGUGUGGCCUAAGACACGAGGUGUUGCUAUGAACCCGGUUGAGCACCCACAUGGUGGUGGUAAUCACCAGCACAUUGGUCAUUCCAGUACCAUUUCUAGGCAUGCUCCACCUAACAGGAGAGUUGGUUUGGUAGGUGCCCGAAGAACAGGUAGAAAGAAGGGAAGCCGCAACGAAUUCAAGUAAAUCAUUUAUUGAAUGAGAA